AUGGCGGACUCUCCAGAGCCUACCGGCGCUCAGCCCAAACUACCCAAGGGGCUCUUCCCUCACAUUCCGGCCGCUGCCAGCUCUUCCACAGCCACGAAGGACGACGAUGUACCGCCCGGCGGGACCAGACUCCCCAACGGCGUGAUUUUGGACAAAGACGGGAAGCCAUGCCGUCUAUGCACCUCCGCUGCAUCCUGGCGCGCAUUGACAAAACAAGCCAAGAUCCAAACAGCAGCAGGCACCGCCUCAGCAACCACAACGCCCUCCUCCUCUACCACAACCGCUCCCGCGGCCCCCGUGCCCUCAGUGAUGCAGAGUGAAUGCCCCCCAGAUGUUGAGGAGCUCGGUCGCUCAACCUGGACUCUCCUCCACUCCAUGACGGCCGCUUACCCGGUCAAAGCGACCCCCGAGCAGCAGAGCGAGAUGGGGAUGUUCCUGAAACUCUUCGCUCGGUUGUAUCCGUGCUGGGUUUGUGCGGAGGACUUCCGGACGUGGAUGGCGGAGCCGAGUGGCCGUAAUAAGCCGCGCUUGUCGGGGAGAUCAGACUUUGGAACGUGGAUGUGUGAGGCGCAUAAUGAGGUGAAUCGCAAGCUGGGGAAGAAGGAAUUCGAUUGUCGGUUUUGGGAGGAGAGGUGGAGGACUGGGUGGAAGGAUGGACGAUGUGAUUGA